AUGCGUCAUUGCGGCCAUUGCGAGACGGGGACGGCAGGACCAUGGGCGUUGGAGUUCAAGCUUCAAGCAGGGCCAGGCGCCAGCGGCGCGAGAUUCAGCCGCCCGUCUGUCCUCUGCCGCGGCUGUCUGAGACGACCAGAUGCCCUCCUCCACCACGGUUCGCACGACCUGCCUGUACGCCACGCCAAACUCCCCGGCUUCCUCCCCGGCCUCGAGUGGCACUGGCCCGCGUUCGUCGACGCCGCACGCGAGCUCGGGGAUACACCCCUUCCCGAAGAGCAACCGGAGAUGGGCUUCCUGAAGAAGGCGCACCGCGUCUUGAAUGAAGUGCGCCCCGUCCCUCCCUUCGUCCUCUACCCUCGCACUGAUCCCUACAUUCGCUGGGCCUGCCAUAUCCACGUCGAGGAGGGCGCGAUGGUGUGCGCAAACUGCAGCUACGACUACCCGCUCUCGAACGGCUUCCCAAACAUGUUCCUCGCGGAAAACGAGAUCAGCUAUCCCGGACGCGCCCUCGCCCGCCCUUGCAAGCACGCACCCCAAAGGUACCCGGCGAUACACGGCGUUGGUAGGCCACGACGCCUGUCCGGUCGCGCUAUCGAUGCGUAUCGCCCGAGCGAUGCUCUCGCGUCCCUCCGCAACCCGAUUCUGGACCAGCCGCGGUGA